AGCGAGUUCUUCACUGCUAACAUCAAUGCAGGUUCCAUAGAAACCGAGCUGUCCAACGAUGCCACAAUGACUGAGGCUAGAGAAAACCGUGAUGAAGGAACGCCGUAGGUCGAAUUCCGGCGGCCAGCAGCGCACUGGUGGUGGAGAGGAGGAGAUUGUGGCAUAUUGUUGGGAGUGCUUGUACAAUACGAGGCAUGAGAAGGUCACAGCAAAACAGAAUACUGGCACUAGUGACCCGAAUCUUGAUAUGUCUGCUCGUGGGAAUGUUUGUAAGGUUUGUAAAGACAUUGCUUAUAAAGAGGGGGAUGAUGACAAGACAGUGGCCACUACAAGCAGCCCACGUGCAUGGUUUUCAAUAUUCAUGCCUAAGAAAAACAAGUCCGAGGGGAGAAGAAGCACUCUCGAUCACCUGAGGAGGCUUACUCAGAACAAUAUCUCAGCCUGGACUAUGAAGAGGCUGAUGCGGAUUGUUCGGAAAGGUGUGUUGUCGACCUUAGAUGAAUAGCUUCAUGAGUCCAGAAGUAGAGAUGAAUCUACAGUGCAAAUUACAAGUGAGAAACUAAAAGUUGCAGCCAAAAAGAUUUUCAAUAGUGUGGCUAAGCGAGGCUCUGAUUGAGUACCAUUUACUUACUCUGUGAUUUGCUGUUUAAAACUCAAAAUUAGUUUCCUACACUAGCUUAAUCCCUUUGGGGAACUUGUUACAGAUUUAUUAAUUAGCAGAAAACUUGGUCAUCAGCAUUUACCUUU